AUGGCGUCGAAAAAUGCUUACACCAAUAAGCCCUCUGCAAAGGAAAUCUGGAAUGUUCUGGAGGAGCAAUACAAGGAUGAGGAGAAGCUUUCCAAGUCUCACCUCAUUGACAAAUUUCUGGACUUUAAGUUUGAAGAUGACACUGAGGUGAUAACUCCCAGCAAAGUCUCUGGUUGGUGGUUAGAUACAGGUGCUACUUGUCAUGUCUGCUCCAACAGAGAUUUAUUCUCUUCCUAUGUUGCUGCCAAAGAGAACGUAUCAAUGGUUGGUCGUUCUGUGGUUCUUGUUCUUGGAACUGGGACUGUGGUGUUGACUCUUUCUUCAGGGAAGACUCUCGCAUUGAAGGAUGUGAAAUAUGUUCCCUCAAUUACCAAAAACUUAGUCUCUGGAAGCCUGCUGUGUGACGCUGGUAUGAGGCUGGAUUUCCAAGGAGGAAAGGUUGUGUUAUCUUUUAAGAAAAUGUAUUUUGGCAAUGCAUAUCGUACUAAUGGUAUGUAUAAGAUCGGUACUACUGUACCUAACUCAGUUGUAAAUGAAGAAUCCUCUUUUGCUUACUGUUUGGUAGAAAAUUUGUAG